AUCUCACAAUUGCGUUUGAAGUAUCCAGUCUAACGAUAGUGUUUUAUUUUAAAAUACAGAUUUGAGUUGGAAAUUUCUCAAGCUUCCUAAUCGAUCACAGCCUAAAGUAUUAAGAGGUUAAAGAGCACCUCUUGUUUGACUGCUAACUCAUACGUUUUCGAGGGCAAGUCUUCUCGCCAUGGCUCAGCUCCAGACACGCUUCUACACUGACAACAAGAAAUAUGUGGUAGAUGAUGUUCCCUUCUCAAUUCCUGCCACCUCUGAAAUUGCUGACCUUAGUAACAUCAUCAAUAAAUUGCUGGAGGCCAAAAAUGAGUUCCACAAACAUGUGGAGUUUGAUUUCCUUAUCAAGGGCCAGUUUUUGCGAAUGCCCUUGUUCAAACACAUGGAACUGGAGAACAUCUCAUCAGAAGAGGUUGUGGAACUAGAAUAUGUGGAGAAAUACACUGCACCCCAGCCAGAGCAAUGCAUGUUCCAUGAUGACUGGAUCAGUUCAAUUAAAGGAGCAGAGGAAUGGAUCUUGACUGGUUCUUAUGAUAAGACUUCUCGAAUCUGGUCCUUGGAAGGAAAGUCAAUAAUGACAAUUGUGGGACAUACAGACGUUGUAAAAGAUGUGGCCUGGGUGAAAAAAGAUAGUUUGUCUUGCUUACUACUGAGUGCCUCUAUGGAUCAGACCAUUCUCUUGUGGGAGUGGAAUGUAGAGAAAAACAAAGUGAAAGCCCUACACUGUUGCAGAGGUCAUGCUGGAAGUGUGGAUUCUAUAGCUGUUGAUAGCUCAGGAACUAAAUUUUGCAGUGGUUCCUGGGAUAAGAUGCUAAAGAUCUGGUCUACAGUCCCCACAGAUGAAGAAGAUGAAAUGGAGGAAUCCACAAAUAGACCAAGAAAGAAACAGAAAACAGAACAAUUGGGGCUAACAAGGACUCCCAUGGUGACCCUCUCUGGCCAUACAGAAUCAAUUUCCUCAGUACUCUGGUCAGAUGCUGAAGAAAUCUGCAGUGCAUCUUGGGACCACACAAUUAAAGUAUGGGAUGUUGAAUCUGGCAGUCUUAAGUCAACUUUGACAGGAAAUAAAGUGUUUAACUGUAUUUCCUAUUCUCCACUUUGUAAACGUUUAGCUUCUGGAAGCACAGAUAGGCAUAUAAGACUGUGGGAUCCCCGAACCAAAGAUGGUUCUUUGGUGUCACUAUCCCUGACCUCACACACAGGCUGGGUCACAGCCGUAAAGUGGUCUCCUACUCAUGAACAGCAGCUGAUUUCAGGCUCUUUAGAUAACAUUGUCAAGCUGUGGGAUACAAGAAGUUGUAAGGCUCCUCUCUAUGAUCUGGCUGCUCAUGAAGAUAAGGUUCUAAGUGUGGACUGGACAGACACAGGGCUACUUCUAAGUGGAGGUGCAGACAAUAAAUUGUAUUCCUACAAAUAUUCCCCUACCACUUCCCAUGUGGGGGCAUGAAAGUGAAUAAUGACUUGAUAUAGAGGCAUUCUGUAAAUGAAAUUGGUAGAGAAUCAUCAGAUUACGCUGAUGCAGAUGCAGCCUUUUAGAUUAAGGUUUAUGGUUUUCACCCUUCAUGAAAGCUAACAUAUUACUCAUUGUUUUUAUUUUGUGUGUAUAAAAUAAAAUGUGGCCUGUAUUCUCUACCCUACAGACUGUGGAAAUUAAACUGAGAUUUUUUAAACUUCUUUUUACAGUUAUUGGUUUGAAUUAAUAUUUGCUUUUGAAAUACUAUAAAAGAAUAUUAUUAGAACUAGAGUACUUAAUUGGCCAUAUUUUUAUUUCUAUUGGAGAAGCUUGGGUUCUUUAGUUAGCAUCUUUUUAGAAAGAUUAAUAGAAAAUGUUACAAGAAAAGAAAUGGAAAUCUAAUUUCCUUUUGGUAAAACAAGUAGUGUUUAUAAGAAAAUAAGACUUUGUACAUAUUUAGAACAUUAAAAAAUGUAGAUGUUGCCAAUUUAUUAAGACUUCAUUGAGUUAUUUUAGAUGAAGAACUUCAUAUUAAAGAUAUGUCAGAUCCUUUAGAAAUUGCAUACAAAUUUCAGGAUAACCAGGAAUCUCCUCUUUCCCUAACCAAACUUCAUGUAAAGAUAAGAAUAUAUUCUCCAGACAAAAUCUUUUGCUUGGUAUAUUAAACAUUCUACAAAUUUUAUAACAUUAGCAUUUGUCUUUAUGUAUGUUGUAUACCAAAUACAAAUGUCUUUUUAAAAUGUGACUUCAGUCUUUAAUGGAUUGGUAUUCCUCAGACAGAGACCUCAAACUUACAACCUUUUAGUAUACGGGAAUCAGUUUUGUCUCAUUAUUGGACUGUAAUUCAGUACAUUUCAAAUGAUGUACCUGUUGAAGCCUGGGAAACAACAUCUAUAUUUGGCUGCAGUUGAGAGCCAAAUUAAUAGUGGAUUGAACCAAUUAGGAGUUUAAUUUCUUGUAUGUAGAAGUCCAGAGGCAGUGCAGGGCUUGAAUAGUGGUUUUGUUCCACCUUCCUUAGGACCCCACCUCCUUUCACCCUUAGGAUAUGGUCCUCAUUUCAUACAUACCAAGAGCUAGAGCUCCAGUUAUCACAUCAUUUCUUAAUGUGUAUUUUAAUGGAGGAAAAAAAAAACUGAAUAAAGUCAGCCAGAAAAUUCA